CCGUGACCAAUGAGCACGCACAGCACCCAAGCACAUGGCAAGGCCGCCCCAAAAUAACCUGAGACUACAGCGCUGACAAAUGUUGCUACUUUUACUGCUGACAGGGUUACCCUACCCUAGCGACUUGCCCCCAUGUUUUUUCCGGUAAACUCCAAGGUUCUCUCCGUGUGAGAGGCCGGGCAGCUGCCACCGUUAGGAUUUCCCAAGGUGGGUGCCACCGGAAGACCAGGUUUGCUGUGAGGAUUUGCCGCUCCUAGACGGGGCCAGCUGGGGGGCUUAUUAGCAUGCAGGACCACAACGGCGCUGAGCCGCCGCAGCAGCUCCUGAGGGAAAGCUACCUGGCAGAGGCCCGCGCCCAGCAGCGCCACAGCGACAUGAGCCGCUCGGACUCCAGCAGCUCCCGCCGCCUCGUCUACGGGGGCCUCAAGGGCCAGGCGGAGGAGCCGGAGGCCCCCGACGAGCGCCCGGGGCCCGACCUCUCGGCCUUCCUCAGCCAGGAGGAGCUGGACGAGAGCGUCAACCUGGCGUGCCAGGCCAUCGGACACAAGCCCCGCGAGGAGAGGGCGGCGGAGAGGAAGGCCCCUCGAGGCGCGGCCCGCUCUGCGCCGACCGCGGCGACGCCUUCCUCGGCCGUCCCCACGGCGACCGUCUGCUCAGCGCCUUCGUCGUCUUCCUUCACUGUCACAGUCCCUCCCUCCUCAUCAUCGUCCUUCACCGUCCCUCCCUCUGCACCUUCAUCCUCCUCCUUCAGCGUC